AUGGAGACAGAGGUGUUGGAUGCAGAGUUAGUGUUGCCAAACUAUCUCAGUUUUAAGAGGGUUCAAAUGUAUGAUAAAUACCCUAAAGGCCAAUCCAGAGGCAGGCACUGGAAACAUCUUAAGCAGAUUAUUCAGGCUGAGAAUUACCAGAAUUACCCUCCUCAUGAACCCAAUUAUGUCAAUAUUGAGUCACCCCCUCCCAUGCAUCCCUGCAAGAGAAUUUGCGAUAUUACUGGCUAUGAGGCACCUUACUAUGAUCCUAAGACUAAUCUCCGGUAUGCAAAUACUGAUGUUUUCAAGACGAUCAGAUCACUUCCUAAUGAUUAUGUGCAAAGAUACCUUUCUCUGAGGAAUGCAGCAGUCGUUCUUAAGUAG